GUAGCAUCACCAAGAGCAUAUAGUCACCCUUCAUCUUCCCUCCUGCUGUCUCACCACCAUCCGCCAUGGCUCCUCCUUCAUCCUCGCAGGCUACUUGGUCCUUCUCCACACUCUGCGCCACAGUCUCUGACCCAGACCACCCGGACCAGUAUGGCUCCUCUUCCGUGCCCAUCUACCAGUCCACCACUUUCAAGGGGCUGCCCGGCUCGGCAAACAAGGCUUCCGAAGAAUUCGACUACUCGCGAUCUGGCAACCCUACUCGUACCGUCUUGCAGCAGCAUCUGAGCAAGAUUCAAGGCUGCAAGUACUCCAUGGCUGUGGCUACGGGCAUGGCCUGCCUGGACGUGAUCACACGCAGCGUCAAGCCAGGAGAGUGCAUCAUUGCCGGAGAUGACAUCUACGGCGGGACGAAUCGGCUACUGGGACUGCUCGCCAGCAACGGCGGCAUCAACACAAAACACAUUGACACCACUGAUGCCAGCAUACUGGAGGAGACCGUACGCCAGACUGUCAAGGACCAUGCAGAGGGCAAGGGACCCAGGUUAGCAAUGGUCCUCCUCGAGACGCCCACUAAUCCCCUCUUGAAGGUGGUAGACAUCAAGGCGUGUACAGCAGCGGUCAGGAAGCACGUCGCCUCGGUCAGGGAUACCGUCAUUGUCAUGGACAAUACCAUGAUGAGUCCUGCGCUCAUGCGGCCGCUCGAGCUAGGCGUAGAUGUGGUGUACGACUCUGCUACCAAGUUCCUUAGUGGCCAUCAUGACCUAAUGGCCGGUGUUGUAGCUACAAAUGACGAGCAACUAGCAAAAUCCUACGCAUUUGUGAUCAACUCAGUUGGCAAUGCUCUCGCUCCCUUCGAGUCCUUCCUACUACUGCGAGGCCUCAAGACCCUUGCCAUCCGUCUCGCUGCUCAGCAGAGUUCUUCCCAAGUAAUUGCAACCCACCUACACUCACUUGGGUUCGCUACAAAUUACCCAGGCCUCCCGUCGCAUCCUGGCCGAGACGCCCACUUCAGUCAGGCUAAGGGGGCAGGAGCUGUCAUCAGCUUCGAGACUGGAGACGCUGCACUCAGCCAGCGGAUAGUGGGAGGGACUAGGUUGUGGGGAGUCAGUGUCAGCUUUGGCUGUGUUAAUAGCUUGAUCAGCAUGCCAUGCUUGAUGUCGCACGCCUCCAUCGACCCUAAAGUGCGAGCAGCUCGCCGUCUGCCUGAGGAUCUCAUCCGUCUAUGCGUCGGUAUUGAAGACGUCGAGGACCUCAUUGCCGAUCUCAACGAUGCUCUGCUCGCAGCUGGGGCAGUUCAAAGGCAGAGCGACGGGAGCCUCGUCCGAGUGGCGACCGCCACUAAUGGUAGUGUGUCAGAAACCUCGAAUGCAGUGACUGCUGCGCCUCCCUCUUCUUCAAGUACACCUUCGCUCAUCGUGUCUUCGCCGGGCAAAGUCAUUCUCUUUGGAGAGCACGCGGUGGUGCAUGGCGUGACCGCUCUCGCAGCAUCCGUCUCAUUGCGAUGCUACUGUCUUCUCGAGCCUCGCUACGACGGUCGCUUGUCGCUGGCUCUGCCGGACCUCAACAUCGAGCAUUCGUGGGCCCUAGACGAGCUACCAUGGGACGCCUUGCCAGCUAGCGUGCAGGCAGGGGAUGCGCCCAUCGAUCUAGACGCUAAGCUCCUCAGACGUAUUGUCCACGCCGUCGAAGCAACUCAAGGAGGACUGACAGAGAGCGAUCGAAGCCAUGCAUCAUGCAUUGCAUUCCUCUACUUGUACAUGAUCGUUGUAGGCGGCGUUCCGCAGAAAGCCGGAGGACAGAGCUUCACAUUGCGCUCGCUACUCCCCAUUGGCGCUGGUCUGGGCUCUUCAGCAGCGUACAGCUCAUCCCUCGCUGCUGCGCUCUUGCAUAGCCAGCAGAAGAUCUCGCUGUCAGAAGACUCUGAAGCGAUCUCGGCAGCAACUGCACAGAUCAUCAAUCGGUAUGCCUUCCUCUCCGAGAAGGUCAUCCAUGGCAACCCUUCUGGGGUGGACAACUCCGUCUCGGUCUUUGGGGGCUGUCUGGCCUUCACGCGCCCCAAGGCGCCUCGCAACGCUCUCAAAGCCAACGAACUGAAGCUGCUGGGCAACGGACUUGGCGAGAAGCGGUUAUUGCUGACGGACACGGGUGUAGGCAGGGAUACCAAGUCCCUCGUUGCCAGUGUAGGCAAGCAGCUCGAGCUUGAGCCUGAGAGGGUGGGUGGCAUCCUGGAUGAGAUUCAAGCGAUCGUUGAUGAGGCUACCAAGCUCCUCUCCAGUGGAGGCGACGAGAAGACGCUGGGCAAGCUCAUCAGCCGCAACCACGAGCUCCUAGUCCAGCUCGGUGUCUCCCACCCGAGCCUGGAGACGAUCAGGACCACCCUCUCACCACUCGUUGUCGACUCGACCCAGUAUGCCCUGGACACAAAGCUCACUGGCGCAGGAGGAGGAGGAUGCGCAGUCACACUCCUCCCAUCUUCAUCCAACGCAGCGGCGGUGCAGGAAGAAGCGGUCAAGACGCUGACGAAGCUGGGCAUGCAGUGCUACCCUACCACGGUUGGUGGAGCUGGCGUCUCUGUGCUGCUUGCUCCCGAGACGGCGCUCGGAAAGGGCAUGAUGGGACGAGAUGGGGAGACGGGCGAUGUGACUGCUGCUAGUGGUGGAUUGAGGCAGCGCUUCAUUGGGCUGUCGAAUGAAGAGUUGGGAGAAUGGCUGGAGGGAGGAUCGAUGUGGAAAAGGGCGGGCGGGGCCUGAGGUUCGCGUCGAGCCUAGCUGUAGAUCAGACUGAUUAGAGUGACCUUGCUGCACCGAUGUGAACGUGGUAGAUUACAAUCCAAUAUUAGACCGCU